GCGGACAGGGGUAGCGCCAAUUGUGGAAAGUUUGGUAAGCGAGUGUUUAGUGACGGCGGCUUCAGCAACGAUGGAGGGGGGCACAAAGAUGGAGGAACUGUCUGCGUGGACCACUGUGAUCAACUACAGACUACAGUUGGAGGAGAUGCAAAGGACGCUAUGCCAGGUGAACGUGGAUCUGCAAUACGAGGUGYUGCUGGAGGGAGAAGAGACAUAUGAUGGGCUGGAUGAGGAGCUCUACGAACUGAUUCUCUCUCGACAGCGGGACGCGAGUGACAGAGCGCGGGCGAUCGCCGUCUUCUAUGACUGCGUUGACAUGGCACAGCGGAUAAAGGAUAAGUUCUCUGACCUCUUGGCGACGAGACAUGCRCGUGGUUUGCCAGGCACUGAGAUACAGACUGCAUCUACACCUCCAACAUCUUCUGCAAUAUCACCAACAAUACUAACCUCACCAUCUUCGACGACAUCGAAUUCGACAUCCACUACUACAUCAUCGAUGACGACAUCGGAUUCGACAUUCACUACAGUUAUAUCAUCGAUGGCGAUAUCGCCAUUCGCAGCAACGAGGCUAGUGAAUACGACGAGCUCUGCUCAGCAAUGGGGGCUGCUUGAGCAGGCUGACGUGGCAAGGGGGCAAGACGAGGGGCUGCCCGCUGGGGCGGAUUGUGCGGAUUGUCUCUACUUGGACGCGCUCACAAGUUGUGGCGCCAGGGGCCUUGAGGAGGGGCGGGGCCUGUGCGCCGAGAUUGUUGAGCAGUUUUACAAGGAUGGCGAUGACGACACCGCUGUUGACCUUACUGAUACCGACCCUUGAGCACUGCGCGCACAUGGCCUCGAGGCAACUUUAUCUGCUGAGGAUGAAAAGGAGACAGAAGGUAUACUUUCUCAGGUUUCGGCGGUCUUGCUCUGCCAGUUGGUUUGGGAACAGGCAAGUCUCGAUGAUCCACUAUGUCGUCGAUGUCCACUUGGCCACCCAUGGUCGGGGCCAGCAUUGAUGUCCUUGAUGGGAACUGAUCUGUCUCAGUGAAAGGUGCAAGCUUGGAAGCGUGGAAAACAAGGUAAGUGCGCAGGUGACCGGGGAUUCUUAUCACGUU